CCAGGUUCAUUUAUCCUCUGGUAGGAUUAUCACCUAGUGAUGACACUCUUGGCAAGCUUCAGCGCCCACGCUAUAUAUAGCUUCUGCUGCCACUGCCACUGUCAUUGUCACUGCCGCUGUUCACCAUCUCAUCACAACCUAAGGCUGGAUCCCUUGAUUCACUUUGAGCAAGCCUCAGCACCUAAAUAGUUCUGUCGGGCCCUAGUGGUCAUUUCACUCGCUCGUAUUCUUUUAAUAUCGAGAUCCUACCUUACUUCGCCUCCAAGGUCUUUAGCCGCACCUGCUUGCCUUACACACAACAUUGCCUACACAACAAAGAUUGCACACACAGCUAUACAAUCUCACUCAAAAUGCGCACUCAAGCUAUCGUGGCCGUCCUGUUCUCGGCGCUUGCCGGCCAGGUCAUUGGCCAGGAUGACUCUCACGAUGCUCCCAGAGUUAACGACAACCCUAUUGGUGUCAAAUACAAGGCUACCCUUCCCAAGGAGCCUUUCUUCAAAGAUGCCGCAAUCGACGGCAACGUCAAGGGCUUUAUCCAAGCUGAAGCUCCGAGUGAUGGACACGGCGUCCAGUUCAAGGUCCAGUUUAGCAACCUUCCCAAGGAGGGAGGUCCCUUCACAUACCACAUCCACGUUGAACCUGUUCCCGAGAAUGGCAACUGUACCGCCACCCUCGCCCAUCUCGACCCUUUCGCUCGUGGCGAGGAGCCUCCCUGUGACCCUGAGAAACCUGCGUCUUGUCAGGUUGGAGACAACAGUGGAAAGCAUGGAAAGAUCACCAGCGACCCCUUCACAGCCGACUACAUCGACUACUAUGCCUCCACCAAGGAAGGCAUCGGGGCCUACUUUGGCAACCGGUCCUUUGUUCUUCACUACGCCAACAAGACCCGUCUGACAUGCGCCAACUUUGUGAACCUGAACCCGGGGGUUAUGAACCCGAACUACACUGCCCCGGCUUACCUCCCUACUCCGACUGAGACUGUCAACCCUGAGACGAACACUCCUACUCCAUCAAGCACUGGCACUGGCACUGGCACUGGCACUGGCGGCAAGCCUAUUUCUACUGAGACUAGCGUUGUUAGUCCCAACGGUGCCUCGUCUGCUACGCUCCCGAUCAACCUUGCCCUGGCUGGUGUUUUUGCUCUCAUUCUUGCGAUGUGAGGGGAGUGAAUGGCGAAACUGUAUUCGAUGCGAGAGGUGAUUUCAGUUCAGUUCGUUGAGAAAACCAAAAGUUUCUGUCUUGUCUGGAAGCAGAUUGCUGUUCCCUUGAACAAAGCUUGAUUGAUAGGAGCUGCAGGGUGGGUAUUCUAGUUUGUUGACAAGUAGACAUGAUGAAAAAGAAACCUAUUGGAAACCUGUCUUUGGCUGUGGUACAUGUCCAGGUGAAAAUUAAUGCAAAUCAGCGGUUAGGGGUAUUAGCUUGGUAACUGGUAGUGUACGGCGCAGGUGUGCCCGUUAUCACUGGCCUAUUGAAUUGGCCAUUGGACCUUAUAGAUAUCGAUUGAUAGAGCUCAAGGUACGUAUAAGAAGUGCUGAUCCAGUUCUUAAAUGGAAGUCUCGGA